UUGUGAAUGUUCGUGAUAAAUUAUUAUAUUUUGGAUUGUAAAAUAGGUAGUAGAAAAGAUUAAACUUGUUUUGUUAAGGUAUUUUAUUUAAGUUUAUACUGACUACUUAAAAAUGGAAGACGACUUGGAAAUUUUGGAGAGAGCACUUUCGAAUCUCGAAGCUACAGAAUCUCAGGAGAAAAGUUAUGAAGGGCUUUACAAGAACUGGGGUAAAUCAGGAAGCCAGGAAGAAAGGCGAGCUGAGCUGUUGGAGACUCAGAAAGCCAAUAGAAACAACAAAAUAGAUAGGUUCCGUGGUAUUUUGGAACUUGUUAAUGCUGUUGAAGACAAUAACAACCUAUUCAAUACACAAGAGAAGGGUCCGUACAGUCCAAAAGUUUAUGUGGCCGGAUUCCACAAAACCUGCCUCAAAUACAGCAAUGUAUUGAUGUUGUCUGAGUGGAUGAUUGAGAAGCCAAGUGAUUUUGAAAAAAAUUGGUUCGUGGUACCCUGCCCAAAGGGUGUGAGGCUGCUUGUUAUUGCGAAUAACGGUAUAACAAAAUUCUACACAAAGUAUGGCCAAUUUAAAUUUGAGCGCUACACUGGCCUACCAGGUGGAAAUCCGUACAAUUUUUAUCGCAAACAUUGUUGUGUAUUAGAUUGCUUUUACUAUCAGCCUUCAAACACAUUGUACAUUGUGGAUUUGCUUGCUUGGAAUAACCAACCUAUGACAGAUGGUGAGACUGAAUUUCGUCGAUAUUGGAUGCAGACCCAGCUGGAAGAUUUUCCUGAUACGAAAACUAUCAAUAAUAAAAACAAAGUUAUAAUCGAUAUACUUCCUAUGAUGCCCUGCACAACACAUUACCUUAGCUUCAUGCUGAGCUCUUACCCAUACUUUAAAGAUAAUUUUCCUCCACUGGAUGGCUUGCUGUUCUACCACAAGAAGGCGCACUACGUCGCAGGUCAAACUCCACUAGUGGGCUGGCUUUACCCAUACAUGAUACCUGAGGUGCUUGGGGAAGAGAUCACAAUGCAUCCAGGAUACCUUGAAGAAAUGCCAGCUGAUUAUGUGAAUCAAGGAGAUUUUAUAGAAAAAUUUGAGGCCAAGCACAACAAGAAAAACAAACGAGGGAGCAGCAAUGCUAUGGAAACCAAUAGCACUAAUGAUGUGGCAGAGAAAAAUGAGAACGCAGUGAUAGGUAAUAAUGAGGACAUGGAGACAAAUACACAAGACAGGGAACAAAAAAACGGAGAAGUCAAGGAAAAAGGGACUAAGAGUAAGAAAUCAGUGACCGCCAAGGAGGGCGUGUCAAUGGAGACCGAGGAAGCAAAAUCAAAUGCAGCUAAGCCAAUAAGCAGUGAAUAAAUUAAUAGUAUAAAAAAAAUGUUAUUGUAGAAUAAGAGCCAUCGCACACUAGAUCGGCUCAAAACCAAUACAUUACAGUCAGCCACACGUACAUUGACGUGAGUUGACCGGCCUAAAGUUUGCUCUACCAAAAGUUAGGGUAUAUACCAUGUACAAUUGUACAGUAUCAACAUUUAAUUCCUAAAAACUGGCCUUUCAAUAGUGACUUUAUUCAGUCCGGCCAACUUAGUGCCAUUGUGAGUGUUUGAACACUAAUAUGUUUUAGUGGCGGUUUAAACUACUUCAAAAUGGCUUCAAAAAGCUACGUGAACAAGACUGAAAUCUUGCCUGCGUGCGAAAUGCAAUGUGAAGCAAAGUUUCAGCACAUCUUUGUUACUGGUAAUAUUAACGUGUAUGUUACGAUUGGAAAGUUAUAAAGAAUGAGCAGGUUCAACGCUGAUGUGUGUAUUUUUAGACGUUAUAUUUCGGAGUGAAGCUUUCGGAGGGCAACAAAAGUGCGCGCACAUGUGACACGGGUUGAUGUUAAAACCAAAUGAGAAUGAUUUUAAGUUUAUUCGUAGUAUUUGAUGUUGUCUAUUGUGUUAAGUAACUCAAUGCAAAUCUAAGUAUAACAACAAACAAGCAAAAGAAGAAUCGAUUUUUCUUUUUUCUUCUGUAAGUUUUGUGAACCUACAAAAAAAAUUAUUGUAGUACGCUUAGCACCUCGGUAAUACAUGUGGCUUUGAUUUAUACUAAUCUCUUAUCAUUAUUAAGCCACUUCGUAGCGCGAGCCUGUGUAGAUUCUAAUUAACAUAAUUGUUGUAUUUAGAUGCUUUGAAAAAUAUCCGAUAUUUUUAUAUCUAUUUUGUUACCAUUGAACCGCUAGGCAUCUUAAGGAUCUGUAUCCCUAUAUGGUCGAUACCGUGGACGCGUACAAAGCGCUUCGCAUCUUCGGUUCUGAUCCGUACUGCUAGGAUCUGGAAUGCCUUUCCAGCUUCCA